AUGCUGCAAAUGAAGUUUACUCCGUUGGCAACUGUUCUUUUUCAAUGUUCUUUGGUUCUAUCUGCAGUGUUACCAUUUGAGUAUUUAGAUAUCAGAGAUACCGGUAUAUCUAACACUAUCAUCGAGAAAAGAGCCCUGGAUUUGUCUGAAAUAGCUAUGCUCAAUAACUUGCAAAAUGCGUACAAGGGGGUCUGGUGGGCCACGGCGUAUCCUAAUGCAGAGCGGCCGUACGGAAGCAAGUAUGAUGUAUCGUGCGAUAUUGAAAGUUUCAAUAUUCUUGUGGAAGCUACGCGAAACGCUGUAAGACUUGCCGAAUAUGCUGGAAGCGAUACAUUGUUGAAAGACAGAUCAUUCAAUAAGUUCUUCGUUCGGAACGACAUAGCACCGAUAGGCGGUCGAUGGACAUCCAACAAAGACUCCCAGGCCACUGAGGCUUCAAUACGCCACAACAUGUUGUUGCCAUCCAGAUUCCCACUUGACGGGACAAAAAAAUCUACCAGGCGUUCUAGAAUCACAUACCAAUGCAAGGAUCCAGAAACGCUACCUGCGAAUGCCAAGGGCUGCUCAAAAUCAGAUGUCCACGCGUAUGCCAUAAAUCCAAAAUGGACUCCUAAUGGAUGGACAAUUGUAUUCUGUGAUAGAUUUUUUCAAGGCCGCAAAUACUUGAACGAGAUUCUUGGUGGUCCAAAAGUAUCCGAAGAUAGUCUGGGGGCUUUGAAAUAUGUCUCGUAUGAGCAAGUUAUGCUUCAUGAAUGGUUACAUUGUGACAUAAUGGGAUACAGUGAACAUCUUACAGAUCUGUUCGAUACGAUUGAUGACCAUCUCCCAAAACGUAAAAUAUAUGGGAUGAGUUCAGCGAGAGACUAUGCAUGGAAAUUUAUGCAGGGUGAUAAAAUGCAUAUAAACCAGAAUAUUGUUGCUAAUGUGGAGAAUUACGUCUGGUACUUUGUGGACAAAAUAUACGGAAAACAAUGGGGAUGGUCAGGUAAAGGGACAGCCUACCCGGGAAAACUACCCGAACGUGGUUUCAACCGCAUGACCAGACAAACCGACGUCCAGGCCACUGUCGAGAACCUCGAUCUUGGAGACGAAAGCACAGAUCCUGCAACUCUGCCAAAACCAGUCUGGCCUGCAAAUUGCCACGGUGAGGCAGUAAUUGAUGCUGAUGACACUAGUGCGAUUAUUUGCGAUUAUGUCAUACCACUAGAUGACGAACCGUCCUCAUCUUCUGCACCUGCAACUUCGGCAACUUCUACAUCAGCACCUGUCGUUACAUUACCACCGGAUCCUAAGAAUUGUAGUUGUAAUGAGGAAGGAUGUACAAAGGAAUCGCCCGCGUGUUGCGCUAAUGGCACUUGCUAG